AUGGCAUUUGUUAUGGACCCUAGAAAGAGGCAUACAGAGUGCUUCCAAGGAGCGGCAGAGGCGUAUAACGUUAUGGCCAAUUUAGUCGCCAUUAUUAAGAGGAUGAGUUUCCGUGGCAUGGGUGAUUGCACCGACCCUAAGUCUUCUGCUCAUAUAACGUUCAACCAGAUCGGAAAAACUGCUGGUUGA